AUGCCGCCCCCUCGUCUGCCACCGACCCCGUCAAUGUCGGGCGAGCUGAUUAUCAAGGAUCAGCCGUUCCCGGAGGGUUCUGAAUCUUUCUUUUCCCUGCCUCCAGCUGCAUUGCCGUCGUCUGCUGCAGCAGGAACAGGAGACAGAGAAUCCAAGAUGGAUGCAACUGCUUAUCGCCCGACCUCCCCAACUUCACCACACGCAGCCUCCACGGCACGCAAUGCCAAUCCACCACGAAGAACGAGCACCAAGAGGCCGCUGGAAGGAUUCGACCUCCCACCGCCUCCGACUCGGACUCGCAAAAUCAUUCAGAUGAAGCCAAAGGCCCAGGCUCCGGCCAAGACGGAGACGGAAGCUAAAGCCAAGGAUGCCGGCAAGACGCAAUCAACCGGCAGUUCGCAAACCAAUAAUGCAUCCAAAAAGAAGCAGCCUAGUGCGACCAGUGCAGCAGGCAGGAAGAUUGCAAGGAAGACAGCACACAGCCUGAUUGAGCGGAGGCGGAGGUCGAAGAUGAACGAGGAGUUCGCCACAUUAAAAGACAUGAUUCCUGCCUGCAAAGGCCAGGAGAUGCACAAACUUGCGAUCCUGCAGGCGAGCAUCGACUAUGUCAACUAUCUCGAACAGUGUAUAUCAGAUAUGAAGACGGCGGACAAUCGCAACAUGGGCCGGUCAACUCGACCGCCGCCAGGCCCGCCGUCGCCAACGUCUCCGGAUUUCUUUACUGGGUCGCAUCAAUCGGGAGAGAGUGUGCCUUCUGCUUCAGCGUCGCCGGAGCUGAUGCCGGAUCGGUCUCAGAUUAGCACCAUGUCGCCAUCUCUGUCCCCACGCAGUCACCACAACCAAGCUCAACUGCCCGUUGAACUGAGAGGUGGCAUGCUCCCGAGCCCUGCACUGGGUCCAUCGCGGUCACGGGAGAACUCAAUACGCUCCCCAGAGCAUUCAUGGAUUGUGUCCAAUGCCCCCUCCGUCUCUGCGUCCCCUGCCAUUCAGCCCCAACGGAGCAGCGUCUCCUACAGGGACAGCGACGUCGAUCAUGAGGCCUCCGCUGCCCUGCUGAUGUUGAACAUGGACAGGAGAGGCACCUUGGACUCAACGAAAGAAGUGCUUCCGUCUUCGUUGGCCCCCUCUUCGGACAAUAACCGAAAGAUGGGGAUGAGCGUGAGAGAUUUGCUUAUUUCCUAA